GCACCUAAAUGGCUGAAUACAUCUUUAAUUUCGGUAGAGCUGCCUUCCUGAUCAUGGCUCGUAUGGUCUGAGAGGUUUAUUGGCGAGACGGUGACAUCGAAUUGUUGAUCAGUUAUUUGCUAGGGAACGCAAAAAGAUGGAUAAAUUAACGCAAGAAUUAACUUUCUUUCUUGGGUAUGCUGUGGCGACAUUUCUAACCAAAACGAAUCGCUGGACUGAAUCCAUUGGUUUUUAUUCAGAGUGCCUUGCACUUUGGAAUAAGAUGUCGAAGAGAAAACCAUCCCCAGUGAUGAAUCUAAUUGAACGAGUGAUAGGAGAAAAAGUUGCACUGGGAGAACUCUUCCUCUUCGAAAGAGGAAUGAAAUGCUAUGACCUCGGUGAAAUUAAAGAAUCGAUAAACUGCUUUAAGAAAGCACUGCCCCUUUACAGACAAAUUGGUUCCAAAGAAAGAGAGGCAUGGUGUCGCUGCCGCUUGGGUAGAUCGUUCCACCUUGCUGGUCAGUAUGAAACAGCCAUGGAACAUUAUAAGAAAGUUCUCAGUAGUAUUCGCGAAAUAUCCUUGCAUGCCAUGAGACAAGAGCUUCAAGCAAGAGUGUACAACGACAUCGGUGAGAUCAAUCAUAUUCGUGGAAGAUACGAGGAAGCUCAAAUGUGUUAUGAAAAAGCGCUAAAGAUAAGUAUUCGACUCGGGAAAGAGGAAUACCAAGCAACAAGCCUCAACAACCUGGGAGUCUUGAAUCAUAAUUGUCUAGGUAAACUUCAUGAAGCACUAAGUUUCCAGGAAAAAGCACUCGAGAUUCGUAGAAGACUUGGAUGUGGAAGAGAAGAAGGAUUCUCCUGUAACAACAUCGGUGGAGUCUAUGAGGCGCUUGGCGACUACGAAAAGGCCCUGGAAUAUUAUAGAAAGAGCUAUAAACUUAGUUUAGAAAUCAAAGACAAGGUGCUAGAAGGAAAGAAUCUCUACUUCAUUGGAAAGGUUCAUAAUAUCCUUGGUCAGCUUCAAAAAGCCAUCGAAUACCACGAAAGAGCCCUUAAAAUCAAAUUACAGACUGGCGUCAGAACAUCUGGAGUUCUCACCGACCUUGGAAAUCAUUAUUUGUCCCUUGGUGAUUACGAGAAGGCAAGCCAAUAUCACAAAAAAGCCAUUAAAGCGUGCGAAGAAAUCGGGGAUCUCGAACACUUGGAAAUUUGCUUAAACAAUGCCUGUCAGGUGCCUUUUUCUCUUGGUGAACAUGAGAAAGCCAAGAGCUAUUUAGAAAAGGCGAUAGGUGUUCACGAAAGCACUGGGAACAAAGUAAACAUAGUUACGACAUUUUGUAACAUCAGUGGCGUAUGUAGGUCUGCUGGCCAAUACCAAGAAGCACGUGAAUACCUGGAGAAAGCUCUAAAAAUCAGUAGAGAAACUGAACACAUACAAGGAAAGACAGCAGCAUUAUACUUCAUGGGUAGUUUGAAUUUUUCACUUGGAAAAUAUGAACAAGCCAUUGAGUAUACCGAAAAGGCACUGAAAAUUGCAAAGGAAAUCAGUGAAAAACAAAGAGAAGAGUCGUGUUAUGCUCUCCUUGGUAGUGUAUAUUUUGUUCGAGGUCAAAAUGAGAGGGCAAUCUGGUAUCAAAACAAAGCGCUUGAGAUGAUGAAGGAAAUUGGAAAGAAAGAUCAGUCGCACAUCAAUGUUCUUCAUAACUUAGGCCAAACAUAUUCCUCUCAGGGAAACCUCUCGAAGGCCUGCAAAACCUUGCUUGAAGGCAUAGAAAUCCACAAAAGUAUUCGUUCUUCCCUUAAAGAUGAAACUAACAAGAUUUUAUUGAAUGACAAGAACUUUCCUUGCUACAAAUCUCUUUCCUUGCUUCUUCUUUGCGAGAGGAAUUUCAACCAAGCCCUUCUCACUUUAGAGCUCGGACGAAGUCGUGCCCUGGUUGAUCUUAUGUCGAAGAAUUACGGAAUCAACAGGAAUCCUGCUCAAAAUGAGUUAACUCUAAAUACACUUCAGAGCUUCCUUAAAGAGCAGAAAAAGAACUUUCUCUUCAUUGAAACGUUUCAAACGGGAUGUUUCGCCUUGUGGUUUGUCGACACAGGAGGAAGUGUGAAAUUCAAACGGGUUUGUGUAAAUGCCUCUGAAGAACCUGGAAUGGAUACUUCUUCGUUGACUUUGGAUGACCUACAAUGUGAAGACCGUUCAUUGGCCUCGCUGUAUGGAUAUGAUCCAUUUGCUUCACUGUAGCAGACGUUAAAACCAAACAAA